CCAUGGCCUCAGCCCUGGCCCGCAAUCCUCGGGAGGCAUUGCUUUGGGCCUUGAGUGACCUCGAGGAGGACAAUUUCAAGAUAUUAAAGUUCCACUUGCGGGAUGUGACCCUGGCUGAGGGCCAGCCCCUCUUGGCCAGAGGGGAGUUGGAGGGCCUGAGUCGGGUGGACCUGGCAUCUCGACUGAUUUUAAAGUGUGGAGAACAGGAGGCUGUGAGAGUGGUGCUCAAGGGCUUGAAGGCCAUGAACUUGUUGGAACUCGUAGAUCAGCUCAGCCACAUUUGUCUGAAUGAUUACAGAGAAAUAUACCGAGAGCGCUUGCGCGGCCUAGAGGAGAGCCAAGAGUGGGGAGUCAACCACAGCUACAACCAGCUGCUCCUGGUGGCCACACCCAGCUCAGGGGACCCGGGAUCACCUCCCAGCCCAGACCUGGAGCAAGAGCUGGAUUCUGUUACAGUGGAGGCUUUAUUUGAUCCGGGGGAAAAGCCCUCCCCUGCCCCAUCCUUAGUGGUGCUACAAGGCUCUGCUGGUACUGGAAAGACAACCCUGGUGAGAAAAAUGGUGCUGGACUGGGCCACUGGUACCCUGUACCCAGGCCGGUUUGAUUAUGUCUUUUAUGUGAGCUGCAGAGAAGUGGUCCUGCUGAAGGGGUGCAAACUGGAGCAGCUCCUCUUCUGGUGUUGUGGGGAUAACCAAGCCCCUGUCAGAGAAAUUUUGAAACAGCCAGAGCGGCUCCUGUUCAUCCUGGAUGGCUUUGAUGAGCUACAGAGGCCCUCUGGACAGCUGGGGAAGAGGGUGGCGAGUCCCAUGGAGAACGUGCUGCGCCUUUUGAUUAGGAGACGGUUGCUGCCCACAUGCUCCCUUCUCGUUACCACUCGGCCCCCUGCUUUGGGGAGUCUGGAGCCCAUGCUGGGUCAACGGCGCCAUGUUCAUGUUUUAGGUUUCUCUGAGGAGGAGAGGAGGCAGUAUUUCAGCUUCUAUUUUAAGGAUGAAGAGCCAGCCAGACAUGCCUUUGAAUUUGUACAAGGAAAUGAGGUUCUCUACACAGCGUGUCAGGUUCCAGGCAUCUGCUGGGUGGUCUGCUCCUGGCUGAAGGAGCAGAUGGAAAGAGGCCAGGCAAUCUCAGAGACACCCAGGAACAGCACUGACAUCUUCACUGCCUACGUAUCCACCUUCCUGCCCGCUGAWGACAGUGGGGGCUCCUCUGAGCUUACCAGGCACAGGGUCUUGAGGGGUCUGUGCUCCUUGGCCACUGAGGGGAUCGAGCAUCAGAGGUUCCUAUUUAAAGAGGAUGAGCUCAGGAAGCACAAUUUAGACGGCUCCAGGCUUGUUGCUUUCCUGAGCAGCAGCAAUUACCAAGAGGAACUUGACAUCAAAAAGUACUACAGCUUCCGCCACAUUAGUUUCCAGGAAUUUUUUCAUGCAAUGUCCUAUCUGGUAAAGGAAGGCCAAAGUCAACUGGGGGAAGCAUCCUCCAGAGAAGUGAAAAGACUGGUGGAAGCAAAGGAGCAGAAAAAGAAUGAAGAGAUGACCCUCAGUACGCAGUUUUUAUUGGACAUAUUGAAAAAAGAGAGCUACUUGACCUUGGAGCUUAAGUUCUGCUUUGAAGUUUCUCCCUCCAUAUUGCAGGAUCUUAUGCAUUUUAAAGAACAAAUGGAAUCUAUAAAGCACAAGAGGAGUUGGGAAUUUGAAUUCUCCCUGUAUAAUACCAAAAUAAAGAAUCUUUCAAAAGUUGUUCAGUUGAAUGACAUCCAAGUCAAGUUGUCACAUUCAAAUGAAAGGAAAUUACCUACCGGGAAGCUGUUUUCUGUCAAAACCAGAUUGGAUAAAGGACAGAAAGUGGAAAAAAAAUGCAAUCCUGAGGGUGAAUGCAGAGGGACAGAGGAACUAGACUCAGAAGUUAGGAGCAGCAGGAUGGAAAGCAGGAAAAAGGGGGCAGUGGAGAUGAAGGGUCAGAAGGAUCAUGGGAUGGAGAAACAGGAGGAUGGGGAAGGGCAGAGUGAAAAGAUGGAGAAAUGA